CUCUCCGGCACCGGCCAUUUCCCGCCGGUCCGGUCCGGCCCGGCCCGGUUCGGUGAGCGCGGGGCCGGCGGGUCCUAUUCUGGGCCUGCCGGGCGCUCCCUGCUCUCCCCUCCAGGCUUCUCCUCCCGGACGCGAAGCCCCGCGGCACUGACCGGCCAUGCCUCCCAAAUUCAAGCGGCACCUGAACGACGACGAGGUGACGGGCUCGGUGAAGAGCGAGCGGAGGAACCUCUUGGAGGAAGACUCUGAUGAAGAGGAAGACUUUUUCUUGAGAGGGCCUUCUGGACCCAGGUUUGGACCCAGGAAUGACAAGAUCAGGCAUGUCCAGAACCAGGUGGAUGAAGUCAUCGAUGUCAUGCAGGAGAACAUCACCAAGGUGAUCGAAAGGGGCGAGCGCCUGGAUGACCUGCAGGAUAAAUCAGACAGUUUAUCAGACAACGCAGCAGCUUUUAGCAAAAGAGCCAAGCAUCUCCGGAGACAGAUGUGGUGGCGAGACUGUAAGAUGAAGGCGAUCAUAGCGAUGGUCGUGGUCAUUCUCCUGCUCGUCAUCAUCGUCCCCAUAGUCCUGAAGUACCGUUCCUGACAGGGCAGCUGGAGGCUUCAGUGGAUCUGCCUCUGGAAUAACCCAACUGCUGUGUAAUUUAAGUGACAUAUCUGUAUAUAGCUUGGAAGUUGUUUAUUCUCCUGGGAGCAGGAGGUGGUGGCAAGCAGCCAGUUCUGAGGGAGCAUUUUAAGGACUACCAAACAACCCUUUUCUAGUCCAGUACCUGUUCCUGCUGUCAGACUUUUUUUUUAUAAUACAAGAUUCAGAUCCCCAACUGCCUGUUUUGUGGAGUUCUGGGUCUCUGGUUUGGAGCUGGCUACUUGCCCCUAUGGUCCAUCUGUAUAUAUGGUUAAGUUGUAACAAUAAUAAUAAUAAUAUAAUAAUAAUAAUAAUACAGUUUUGAGCAGCUCCCUGCUGCCUACUGGAAGGCAGAGGGGACUCUGUCUGAAUCAGAGAAAAGGAGGUGAUAAAUGUCUGAAGAGAAAUAUACCAAUAUAUCUUACAGGGAGUGGAUUCUUAUGAGGACAACUGCAAAGGUGUUGUUUUUCUCUUGUUCAAAAAAAAAAGGUAAAAAAAAAAAAAGUGAAAGAUAAAAAUGAAACUAGGUUCUACAGUCCAGAAGACUUUCUGGU